AUGCUUCGUUCCAUACUGCCACGUCCAAGCUCUCAAAGCGCUGGGAAGGCUUUGACGAAAACCUUGGAAUUCAAUCUCUUCAGAACGGUGCAGAAUAAGGGGAGCAUCAGAAUGCUACACAAGAGAGACGAUGGCAAGUCCAGCGAUGCUUCCACGCAACCUGACGCUGCAGCUACUACGCUCACUGACCAAUACGAACACAGAAGGCUUUCCGGAAGCCCCAAAACGGUCGGGGGCUACGAAGCCACUUGGCUCAAUGCUUUGGCCGAACGUGAAAAGCAGCUUGCCCAGGGCAAAAUCAUCGAUUCUUACGUCUACAACUCCGUGAAGUCAACCGAAGUAGGUGAAAAGACCCGCAAGGAUUCGUUUGCGUAUCUCACACUUCCCUUCCGUGAAGACGCAGGAGUUGCUGACUUUUAUGUCAACGCUGCCGGCAGAUUGAGAAUGGGACAAGUUUUCCAAGACUUGGACGCUUUGGCUGGUAGAAUCGCCUACAGACAUACUUCUCCAGCUGAACCUGUGAUUGUUACUGCCUCUGUGGAUCGUAUUUAUCUGCUGAAGAGUAUUGACUCCAUUAUUGAUUACAACGUCAUACUCUCAGGAGCUGUGGUGUGGACCGGUAGAUCGUCUAUGGAAAUAGCCAUCAAAGCUACUGCCAUCAAGGGCGAUCUUCCAAAGGUAAUCACUGAGGAUUCUCUAGUGGAAGAUGACACAUUUUUGACUGCGUCUUUCACAUUCGUGGCCAGAAAUCCAGAAACUCACAAGUCUUUGUCCGUGAACAAACUUUUGCCUUUAAGCCAAAAAGAAUGGAUGGAUUUCAGACGUGCUGAGUCCCAUAACGCUGCGAAGAAGCUUCGCGCUGCUAGCGAGAGUUUAGAGACUAACCCGCCAACCGGACAGGAAUCUAGAAUCAUUCACAACAUGUGGGUAGCCUCAAAGCAGCUGGCUAAGCUUCCUGAGAAGCCACUAAAUGUUAUGUUCAUGAAGAACACAAACGCAAAGUCCACCAUGUUCAUGCAACCUCAGUACAGAAACAGGCACUCUUACAUGAUUUUUGGUGGGUAUUUGAUGAGACAAACCUUCGAGUUGGCCUACUGCGCUGCGGCCUCCUUCUCGCAUGCGUUCCCCAGAUUUGUGUCCUUGGACUCAACGCAUUUCAAAGCUCCCGUUCCAGUAGGUUCUAUUUUGCACAUGGAUGCUACUGUGGUUCACACUGAACACCUGUACGAGAGAGAUGCGAAACCCAAGAUUGCUGAUGUAGCCGAUAAAUCAAUUAAUGGCAGUACUCUUUUCCAAUUUGACCCAUCGCCGAUUAACCAGCUCUCGAACAGUGCAGAUGCUAUGUUGAGCAAACCAGGUACUUUGAUUCAGGUGAAGGUCGAUACAAUGGUCCAGGAAUUGGCCUCUGAGAAGAAGACUUCUUCGGGCUCCUUCAUUUUCUCUUUCUUCGCACAUAGAGACACUGAUGACAGUACAGGACAGCCUGGCUAUGCCACGGUGGUUCCGGAGAGCUAUUCCGAAAUGAUAGAAUACAUUAGUGCCAGAAGACGGGCUCUCGACACAGCCAAUUACGCCGGCAAUUUGAAGCGCAACAACAAGCUAUAA